AUGAUCGGCGAUUCUGUCGUGCUCACGGCAGCAAGAUGUGUCGUGCAGGACGAAGCGCCCUUUGAGCUAUACCCCAACACCUCCAUGUACGUCUUCUGGAAUGCCGAAACCGUAACGCCGUGGGGAUCGGAUGAGCGGAAUGCGGAAUUAUUCGGGAUCGACAAAAUCAUCGUUCAUCCUGAAUUUUUCGAAGACCGCACGACGCUGGAGAACGACUUCCACGAUGAUAUUGCACUGUUAACGGUGAAGAAAGGCGCCAACUUCUCACACGUCGUCACCCCGAUCAUGAUCCCGGACCGCUUCAAAUGGGAUGACUGGGAGGGGCCGUUGGAGUUGAUGGGAUGGGGACGGACCGAGAUCGAGAAUAACCAAAACGGAGACCUAUACGGCUACGAGGCCGGCCUAUUUCCGCAGGAUUUUUGCCAGGAACUCUUUGAAACGGAGCUCCCGGAUGAGGUUUACUGUAUCAGGGCCAAUGAGACGCAGACUGGGUCUUGUAAGGAAGACAUCGGCGGUGCGGUUGUGAUAAUGCAUGAGCAGAGAACGAUGCUUGUGGCCGGAGAAGAAGAAGAAGACGAGGAAGAGGAUAAUAUUAUUAGACCGACCCCGUACAUGGUCGCAAGAACUAUUCUGCACCCGGAUCUUCUGAGAAACGCACCAACCGGAGAUGUUUAUAAUGACGUCGCACUUCUGGAGCCCACGUUUCCGGACAUGAAAUUUGACGAGACUGUUUUUUGUUUUGCCGGCGUAGAGAAGAAGCAUGGGCCUUGUGACGGAGAUUUCGGCGGCCCCGUUCUGCUGAAAAUGCAUAGCUACUGGUACCAGAUUGGGCUCGUUUCGAAUAUUGAGAUGAACUGUAGCUAUCGUAAGCAGCAGCCAGCCCUUGCCGUCGACCUGUCUCAAUUUUGCGACUGGCUGGAGCCGAUCACACAUGCUCCCUGCGUCAAAAUCAGAUUU